AUGGCAGCACUGGUUGCUAAGCUCAAGGAAAAAUUCACUAUGAAGCAACUCGGAGAGGCAAACCACUUCCUCGGCAUCAAAAUAGAUCACACCCAUGAUAAGUAUUUUCUUUCUCAAAGCUCAUAUGCCAAAUCUAUAAUACAAAUGGCCGGAUUACCAAAAUGUAAUCCGGUCGCUAAUCCGUCUAUCACCAAAAUUACAGCUCUAAAAUCCGAGGAUCCUCCGCUCUUUGACGCGCUCACCUAUCGCCGAAUCAUUGGAAGUCUCCAGUAUCUCACAUUGACGAGACCGGACAUCGCCUAUGCCGUCAACAUGCUCUCCCAGCAUAUGCACAGUCCCGAGCCAAUUCACACGGUCAUGCUAAAGAAACUUCUUCGCUACAUUCAAGGAUCUCUGGACUUUGGAUUGCCAAUUACAAAAUCCACUCUUCUCCUUCGAACUUAUUCCGACGCGGACUGGGCUUCUGAUCCAGCCACCCGCCGAUCUACAACCGGGUUCUGUACGUUUCUGGGCGACACGCUGAUCUCGUGGUCUGUCAAGAAACAAAACACGGUGUCCCGCUCAUCCACCGAAUCGGAAUAUAGGGCCCUCGCCUCAGCCACUGCUGACACCAUUUGGAUCAAACGUCUUCUUGCUGAAUUUGGCGUUACUCAAUCCGAACCGGUGGAAAUAUUUUGUGAUAAUACGUCUACCAUUGCUCUCGCUAACAACCCAGUUUUUCACGCUCGCACCAAGCACAUCGAAAUUGAUCAACGUUUCAUACGCGAUCACAUCUUAAACAAAGUCAUUCUUCUUCUACCCAUUAGUACUAUUGAUCAAAUUGCAGACGUUCUAACCAAACCGCUGUCUACACCGCGGUUCAAGAUUCUUCGCAGCAAACUGACUGUUUCAUCCUACACCCAGUUUGAGGGGGGAUGUUAA